AUGAAAUUUCGAAUAAAAUGUCAUGAUCAAACACAAUCAACCGUAUUCGACGGUAUUAAAGAAGACUCGUCCGUGAAUGAUUUGAAAAAACAACUAACAAAACAAUUUUCAUCCUUGAACAAUUUUCAAUUCCAUCUGUCAUUAAAUGGAAAAGGUGCACUAGAUGACGAGCAAACAAUAUCUCAAUCAGGUCUGGUGAAUGGUGAUACAAUUUACAUUUUAAAUGAUAAUCCUGAUGAUCAUGCCAUCAUAUUACCACUAGUACCAUGGACGGAUCAACCAUUAACCUUAGAUGAAGUACGAGAUUCGCACACAUAUCCCGUAUUAGUAUACCGACUGAUUGAAGACUCGCAGCCUGAAACGGAUUUUGAUUAUUUGAUCAUCGUCCUUCAUGCUUUAAUGUUGGAAUGCGGUUUUCAAAUGGACACGGAAAAUAAUUACAAUAUCAAAAGCGCUCGAAAAUCAUCGACAUUCUAUGUUAUCCGUUAUCGACAUAAACUGUGUGAUGAAGAACGUACUCGAUGUUCACUAGCACUGAUGAAAACCGAUACGUUAGUGACAAUUGACGGUGUAGUCAAUGCGAUUUCACAAGCAUGCGGGAAGUUAUCACUGAAUAUUGGAGAUUAUUUACAAAUGCACAAAGCAGGAACAUCUUCAACUACCACCCUUCCUUAUCGUGAACUUCGUACACUGUCGCGAAUAUUCAAAGAUAAUAUAGCAAAUCGGUUACUGUGCAAAUUGCUGGAACAAUCAAGACAAUGUUCAACUGCAACGUUAGUUGGUUUACCAAAUGAAAUCAAACUUCGUCUGGCGAAAUAUCUUCCUAUCAAGUCGAUCUGUAUGCUUCAACUAACGUGUCGUGAUAUUCAUCAUACUUUAAAUGAUAAUCUUCUUUGGCAUGAUUUAUGUGUUCGAGAUUUUGAUAAAGCUGCAAUAACAGCAACUUCGAAUACAAUAGAAAAUUGCUCAAACGAAAAGAACUGGCACAAACUCUACGGAAUAAUCUACGCUCAAAAACAAGCUUCGUUACGCUAUCAAACUAAAUCAUCGCCAUAUUUCCACACGGCAUUUCUUUCAAUAGCUCCACCCACCCAUCGAGUUCUUUUCCCGGAUCCAAGCAAUGCUGGACCUGCCGGUUUUCAUCCAUUUCCACCAGCCAUUUAUCGACCUAUCCCAUCCGGCAUAUUUCGCAUGUGCUCAGCGAAUACACCGCAGACUCAGACAACACUACAGCAGCAAGUGCAACAUCAUCUGUAUUGUCAGCCAGUUUUUGGCCUAAAAUGGGUCGUGAUUUUUGCAGCUGCUACUAUGAUUCCAUUACCACCCUGUUUCCAUCACGUUUGGCUUGGUUAA